ACCAGAACCAUCACGAGCUGCAGAGCAUUUUAGAUGUCUGCCAAUGGCGACGCCAAGCGACGCAGAACUCUGGAGAAGACCCACUUGCAGCUCCGUACUGCGGUGACGUCUGAGCAAGGCAAACGACCUGCACAAGAAGAUCGGUAUGUGUUGAUUCCAGACCUGGCUGCACUUGCUGGCGGAUGGUCGCACUUGCCCGAGCCCUGCAGUUUGUUUGGAGUCUUUGAUGGGCACAUGGGGGCCACAUGCUCUGAGUUUAUGGCUAGACGUUUGCCAGAGAAGCUCUUGGAACAGCUCAGUAAUUCACAGCAGCUGGAAAAGAUCACUACCCUGAUGGAGGAACUCUUCAAGGAGUUGGACGAUGACUUCCUUACCGAGCAUGACUGCCCUGAUGGCUCCACUGCUAUCAUCGCCCUAGUUUUGGGGACGGACCUCUUUAUCGCAAACCUAGGUGAUAGCAGCGGCGUGCUGUGCGGCGAAAAGGCCACGACGCCUUUCAUUUUUCCCCAUAAGCCUGGGGCUGCCAUGGAAAAGAAGCGGAUCAGCGAAGCAGGUGGCCACGUGCUCGACUUGGGUGGCACUUUGCGCGUUGUGCAUCCUGACUUCCAAGAACGCAUUGCGGAGCUUCGUGCUCAAAGUGCUGCUGGAAUUGCCGGAGACUGGCCACAAGCACUGUCUCUCAGUCGGGCUUUUGGGGACCGAGACUUCAAGAACCUGCUGCUUGGUGCUCCACAAGUCACCUCAGCACCACAUUGAAUUCACAUGAAUCAGAGCACCCUGAUGCACAUAUAUAUAAUUACAUGUGUGCUUUGAAUAUGAUACAAAUAUGAAUAUGUAUAAAGCCACUGAACUCACAAGUCACUUAAUCUUUAUUUUUCAAGGUUGGUUUUCUGGAGCUGCCACUCCUCGCCUCAGAACAUUUCAAAACUGUAGAUAGAAUGGGAACAGGAUGCUGAAAAGAGCUUCCGCCUGGGUUCUCAACAAAAUCACUUGCUUCGCUGAAACUUGUAGACCCUGUUAAAGCACCAUACAGGCUGCGGGAUUUCUCCAGGAUGAUGUUGUAUGGCCGACCUUGACGUGUCUCAUUUCUUGCUACCUUGACAUGCUUUGCCGAGUUACGAUGGGUUUCAACGUGUUGAUUUGGUCAGCUGCUGUGCCGACGUCGUGCACGUGCAGCUGGAGACACAGCACAAAGCCUUGACCUUUUGGACCUACAAGCUAUGCUGCCAAUAUGUUCACAGAAGUAAUGAUGUGUUACUCUGGGAGAUGAUGCAAGUCGUCAUGCAUCAUCAUGGGUCAAUAUGGGUAUCAUGUAAUGGCCUCCCUCAGCAAGUUGAUUUUGCCACUACGUUGUCUUCAAUGAGGUCUUGGUUUCAGAUGGUGUUACGGACGUGCUCUCGCUCGAGGAGGUGUCACGGCAAGUGAUGCGUCUCAGUGACCCAGCUGCUGCCAGCAAGGCUGUUUGCAAUGAAAGCUUCCGUCGGUGCACCACAGACAAUGUGACUGCCGUGGCCGUCCUGUUGGACUGGACGUGUCCCAAUUUCGAGAAGGGUAGCUGAUUCGUUCGCUCUGCAGUGCAAAGAUCACCGGCCAGAGAACCGAGACAGACAAAAUACUUUGGAUGUGGCAAGCUUUGAGUUCAG